CUUAUCUGUGCUCCAAUUCCGGCAAGAACGUCAACUCUAAAUUUGUACGAAAUAAAAUUUGCUGACUAAAAUCUUCUAGCGCACUAAACGACCUAAUAUUAUUGUUUGAAUAUUAUUUAUCUUAAGUAGUUUUGUUUUAAUUCAACAUGCCACGUGGUAAAUACACCAAUCAUAAGGGCCGCAACCGUAAGUUCACCAGCCCCGAGGAGUUGGAAGAACAACGAAAGCAGGAAGAGUUGAAACAAAAAUGGAGAAAGGAGCAUGGUGGGGAUGACGAGAGCUCCAGCGAGGCAGAAUCGGGAGAUAACAAAUCUGGCUCGGGCAGCAGUGAUGAAAGUGACUCAGAUGAAGAUCACCCAACAAAAGCAAAGGGAGUCUCUGGUUUAAUUGAAGUAGAAAAUCCCAACAGAGUGGUAAAGAAGAACAAGAAAUUGGCCAACCUGAAUACCUCACUAGGUGAAGGAGAGAAACCUCAGUUAUCUAGACGCGAGCGCGAGGAGAUCGAGCGCGCGCGCGCGGCGGCGGCGUACCAGAAGGCGCACGCGGAGGGCAAGACCGAGCAGGCGCGCGCCGACCUGGCGCGCCUCGCCAUCAUCCGCCAGCAGCGCGAGGAGGCCGCCAAGAAGCGCGAGGCCGACAAGAAGGCCAAGGACGAGGGGCCCAAGAAGAGGUAGACAAUCAAACUCCAAGUAGGUCGCACAUCUAACAUCUUUUGCAAUUAUACAUGCUCAUAAUGUCAAACUCGGCAACUUUCAAUCUUGGUUUCCUGCAGUCCUAUGAUGAUUGCAUGAAUUGUGUUAUGAAGACAAAAUAAGGCAUGCCUCAUUAUUGAAAAAAAUGCUUUAUCUUGUCUUUGUAAUUGCGAUAAAAGCGAUUAUGCCCCUUGAAGUCGGAAAGAGGUAAAAUAUCCCAUGAGCAUCUACUAAGGGAGUUAUCACACUCGUCGACUUGACAUAGCCCACCACACUGGCCCCGUAGACAACAUGCCAAUCGCUAACGCUCUGUAGCGAACGAAACGAAACUGUCACACUAAUAUGGAAGAGUGAUACACUUAAAGCGAUUCGGCGGCGAAGCGCAAGCGAUCGUCCCCUUGGCCGCAUGAUGUGUUGUGAUGACCCGUCGCACCAGCGCCGAUGAGCAUGUUUUCUUUGCGAGGGCUUCUAAUUUUAAACCUCGCUGGAAAUGUGAAAUAAAUCUACGAUUAAUGUAUACAACUUUUUAUUUACAAGGGUUCUCUAUAUCUUUAUAUACAAUUGAACCAUACAACACAUAUUAGAGAAUGAUCGGUCGCAAGUCACUUUUUCGGCGCUGGUCAGACAGGUGCCAUGCCACUUGUAAUUUUUUUGUAGUGGGGAAACAGUUAACUGUUUAAUUAAAUGAAAUAAAAAUAUUGCUGUUUCUUUCCAUUACAAAUAAAGCUGCGUCCUUAGUUACGUUACAAAAAAAUAUACAGAUGUAGCGCAUAAUUAUUUUCCAUCGUAUUUUCACAGAAGCGUACGAACGUGUCUUGCUAUUUCAGUCAGUCUCUGUACAAAAGUACUGAGGUUGAAGUAGCAUGACAAAUACGAACGUUUCCGAGAAAAUACGAAGGAUUAUGCACUACAUCUGUAUUGUACACGAGGGUAAAGUGCAAUUGCAUUAAAUCCAAACGGCUUCAAUCGCUUUAUAAAACAUCCGACAAUUCGUUGAUAUUGUGAUCGGCUUAAGCUGAUUCGGUGUCGCAAAGUGUGUUGACUCCCUAAUGUGACGUAAGGAAUUGUCUAAUGAUACUUAUCAUGCAUAAUAUACAUUAUAUUUAUUGACCCGGUUUGAUUAUGUGAGACUGUCGUAGCUAUAGUUCCUGUCAAGUUUUUUUGAUGUAUAAAUUUCCCAUUUCCUAUGUACUUCCAUUUGAAUUUACCAUUAUAUAACAGGUAUAAAAGCAAUAAUUUAGAUUUAUAUAACCCACAUUCUCAACAUUUGUUGUGCUUAUAGAAAUCUCGUUUCGGUGUACAGAUGUAGUUCAUAAUUAUUUUCCAUCGUAUUUUCACGGAAACUUACGAACGUGUCACUAUUUCAGUCAGUCUCGCUACAAAAAGUGCUGACAUUGACUGAAGUAGCCUGACAAAUAGGAACGUUUCCGUGAAAAUACGAUGGAAACAAUUAUACACUACA